AUGUAUAUUCGAAGACGGAACUAUGAGAAUGGACGAAUAAAAAGAAACAAUCGCAGAAUUAAAUCAAACGAAUCGUUUCAUUUUAUAUUUGGAACCUAUUUUAAACUUUUGCUGGCUUGGGCAAGUAUAAUAAUGUUGGAUUUUUUUACGGAUCUUCGGUUUGAAUUUAUUUGGUCUUGCUGGUUGAUGAUGCGUACUGUUAGUGAUUCAUUCAGAUAUCAAGGUCUGGCAUUUGCUUUGUUUUUUACUGUUACUGCAAUCAUGGCUGAUUUGUUGUGUUACUUUCUCGUGCCCAAUACAUUGAUCUACUUACUUGGUAGUUCAUGUGUGUGGAUACAGCUUGUAUGGCAGACAGAUCGUGGCGUAUCUCUGCAGACCUUUUGCAGCUCAUUGCAUUGGUUAUCCGGUUGUAACUUUGGGUUUCAGUUUGAAAAGUAUAAUCUCACAUCAUUUUCGAAUGAGAAGACAAAAGCUUGCUUUACCAAAGAACUUUGGUGCUAUCUAAAGUCUGAUACCACUGCAAAAUCGAAACAUUCAAACAUGCUUUGUGAUGACAAUAAUUGUCCAGUACUAGCCAUCUCCUCUUCCACAUCCACAGUGCCAAAUUUAACACCAUCAGGACAUGUUGUAGCUGAAGCAAAUAAUAAUAUUGCUAGCAUGAUUCAUUCCAAAGAUAAAGAAAAUCAUUCUAAUACGAAUAUGAGCCGUAAAGGUGUAUCUGUGAAUCAUUCCCGUAACACCAUUACAACACGUGGUACUACUGCACAUGGAAAUAACUGUGCUGAUAUGUCUUUGUGCUCAGUUGAUAAAAAUGUUUCACAAGAGGAUACCUUUGAGUUUAGAGAUGAUGAACAAGGUAGCAAUCAUACUUCUGCGGCAAUAUCACCGUCAGAACAGGCUGAUCCGUAUACAAGUGUAUCAUCAGCUGAGACUAUUCUGUCUCGGGUGACGAUAGGCAUGCCGAGACUUGUAGCCAAAAGGGACCGAUAUCAAAGUUCAUCAGCUUCAACUUGUUCGAAUGCAUCCCUGCCUAAAUCUUGUACCUCUCUAAGUGUAAAUAAUCCGAUUAAUAAUAAAACGAAAUCGACAUGCGCAUCAUCAAAUACCAAGUCCAGUGAUACGAAUCAAUCAACUGCAUCAACAAGUACCACAUCAACUAAGAUAACUUCCGUUACUAACUCUUCUGCUGCUGCUGGUAGCGGCAAAUCCAAUCCAUCGAGUUCAAAUUCCUUGUCAACUGGUUGUAAAUCAGGUGGUAAAAAUCCCAACAAAGAUGAAUAUACCUUAAAGCUAGAAGCCGAGGCUAAACUUCUGAAAUCAGAAAUUCAAUCUUUACGUAGUUCAGAAGUUAACUUACGUAGUCAAGUUCAACAGUUGCUUGCCGCUGAACGAACCUACCGGUCAGAGAGUUCUCAAGCUCAACAAGAAUCUGAAAGUUUACAGGCUAAGUUGAUUCAACUAACCCAACGUCUUCAAGCUGAUCGCGCAAAUUUACAAGCAGCGGAGAAGAGUCUUGCUGAGGAACGUAAACAUCGUUUGCUUCUUGAACAACAGUUCAAACAGCAAGCUAGCAAACAAACAGAAGAAAAUCUAGCAGAGUCCUCAUCUAGUGUAACUGAUAAUUCGAAAGCAACAGAUUCUAAAGCUUCAAUGAAUGAAUCACGAAACAGUUCCUGUGAGCUUACUGGUGUCGAAAUUUGCAAAAACAGUGAAGUGUGCGCUGCAAGACGACGUGAAUUAGAAUUAGAAUUGCAAAAUCUUACAAAAGCUUUAACGCUUAAAGACAACCAACUUUCAGCACUAAAUGCAGAACGUUUUACUCAUGGAUUAAACGAAUCAUCGGAUAAGUCAUGGAAAAAGCAAACUAAAAAAGAACGAACAAAACAGUCUAAUUCUAUCUCUUUAGAACAGCAUUAUAACUUGACUGCACGUCGCCAAAAUCAUGAAAUAACCGAGUCUGAAUUAAAUGAUCUUGCGUCUCGUGUAAACUCUCUGCAAGAAGAAAACCAACGUCUUACAGAUACACUAAAGGAGGAAGAUAAAAUGAAGCAAGAGCUUAUGACAGCUUAUCAUUCUUCUCUAAAAGAAAUAACAGAAUUAAAUGCUACACUAACAAAAAAAGAAUAUCAAAUUGUAGAACUGAAUAAGCGCUUGAAUUGUCUAACUCCGAAUCUUUGUGAAUAUGUCAGCAGAAUGAAUGCUUCAGUGUCAAACAGUGCUAAACCUCCGAACAGUACGGUUCUGUUGGAAGUUACUUCUAAUGAAGAAUGUGCAAUCAACUCAUAUUCCAGCCUAGGUGCUUCACAACUGUACACAAACUUUAAUAAAACUCAGAUUGAUGAACCAAAUAAUAUAGAUCGGAAUGUUUCCAAUCUUCCUUCAUCAAGCAGAUUAAAUUCUUACAAUCACUCCUAUACCAUGACUACUUAUGAGGCGUCUACUUCAAUGAAUAAUUUAUCUAGUCAAAAAAAUAUUCAUGGAAUUUCUGAAUUGAAUAAUUCUGUUAACCUUAAUAAUUUGGAUUAUUUCGGUCAUUGUUCUCCUUCCAAUGGUAGUAUUCCGUCAUCAGCAUUAACAAAUACCGAAUUAAGUUAUCAGACAAACCUAAACGGUCAUUGUCAUAUGAAUAAUAGAAUGCAUUUUCGUCCCGAUAAACUACCACAUUCGAACAUUCUCUUCGAUUCUCCUGGUUUUCAUUCUAAUCAUUUCGAAACCUUGGGCUUAAAGUGUUUAAAUGGAGGAUACUCUUCAUAUGAUAAUGCACUUCUGAGCAGAAUUUUGCCAUCAAGUUCUAUGCCGUUAUGCAGCACCAGACCACUGCCUAUUGGAAGUUCAGCCCCAGCUGCAUCUCCUCCACCUCUUUUUGUCCCACCCCCUGGUCUUUUACAGAAUGAUAUUCCUUCCAAUAUUUUCCCUUACUCGCAUUCUGUGGGUAUUAAUCCAACAUCAUCGUUCCUAUCUACAGAAGUGGUUGCGAAUUCAUCAAUAUGUGCUACUGAGUCCAUGACAGCCGUUUCAACAGGAGUUAACUCUUUUAACCCUCGAAUUGUUGCCGACUCGUUCUCCUCUGAACCAGUUCAAACAGUUGGCAUAAAUUUAAACCAUCAUGAAGACUUGUCGUUUCGAUCACAUCGUGAUAUGAACUUUAAUAAUCCAAUGUGUGAUGACUCAACUAACACCAACCCACACUCAUUAUUUCGACGUCCAAUACAAACAACGGUGCACACUUUGCGAUGA